UUUCCCACGUUCAAGAUGUCAAACAUCAAAUCGUUUUUUUUUCUAAAGAUAAUAUUUAUCUUAUCUCGCCGUCAUGCAUAUCAACAUGACAGUCGCAUUAAUUCGUCGAACCAAAAGGUUUCAAUUGUGCACUGCGCUAACUUAUCAGUUGGAUUUCAAGAGCUUCGUGAGGUACCUACACUUGGAAACGGAGUCAUCAGAAUGAUUUCCAAGAUAUUAACAGUGGCUUGGGUCCUCUGCUUUCUCUUUUCGAUUGGUCUGGUAGAGGGAGCUUCCUCUUGCUCAGGAGAGUCCAUUCAUUGUAGAUCGGGCGACCAGUGCGUCCGCAUUCAAGACAUUUGCAGAAAUGGCGUCCAGUGCAAUGACGGGUCAGACGAGAGCCAUCGCAUCUGCUCUUUUUGGACCCACGACAGCAACUGUCGGUACGAGUCGUUCUAUUGGAAUCGAGGCAGCAGAUGCGUUUCCUUUCGAGAAUUCUGCACCAGCGCCGAAAGGGCAGCCGAGAAGGAUUCCAGGAUUUGCGAGAUUGUGAACAGGAAAAGGCUUCAUUUGCCAUCCGAUGACGACGAGACAGGAUUGAUACUGACCGAGCAGUUGGUAAACCUGGUGCAGCAAGCGGUGAAUGGAACCUCGAAGGCGUCCACUCCAUGUCCAAUGUUUUUCAGUCGAGUUGGGGACCAGUGUUUGUCUUUCUUCUCUCCAGCAAGGAUCUCUUGGCCUGAGGCGAGACAGUUCUGCCUAUCAAUUGGAGGAGAAUUACUGUCUAUCAAAAAAGUGACUGUUCUUGAGGACGUUCUGAAUUACAUGAGAGACUCCCACUUCACCAGUGACUAUUGGAUUGGAGGACGUUUCGACCUGGAUUCGAACGCAUGGGCUUGGGUACAAGAUGACUCCGCCAUGCCUCUAGGAUCGCCCUACUGGGCCGUGAGGUACAACCAGUCCUGCGUGCUCCGGUCUCCUCCUCACACGGAUCCAUACUCUUCUCCUCCAGCAGGUCUUCCUGGAGCCCAUUGUUUCAGGUACAUCCAGUCACCUCAGAAGCGAGCUGCAGGAUGGUGUGCGUCUAUGACUUACGAGCACUAUUACUUCUUUACUGAUGACACUUGCCAGGAAAAAAUGAGUCCUCUCUGCUCCUACAGUGGAAACUUUCACCAGAAACUCAUAGUUACAGAGAACUAAGGUGUUGUCAUCCACUGGGUACUCAGCUCAGGAUAUCUUGAAAUACAAGACAUCGAUGCUUCUUUGGAAAAUGUAUCCAAAGAUUAAGAUUAUUUGGCACAUUUUAAAGUUUUUUUUAUACAUUAUGGAUCUAGGUGAAAUAAUAGAACAAGAUGUCUGUCUUUUAAUAUGUUUCUUCAAUUCUUGAAAAAAAAAGCUAAUUUUCUUAAACACAAAGGGGAGGUAAUUACUGAGACCAGUGAUAUGAUUUUUUUUAAGUUCUUUUGUUGCUAAAAUGAAGUUCUUGCUUGAAAAUAAUAAAAUUGUAAAUAUAUGUGAUUUGAAUAAUCAUUGGGAAUACAGGGAAAAUUAAUGUCCCCAAACUGACUUAUUGUCAUUUUCUGUUGUGGAAAUAAAAGAUAAAAUUUA